UUUAAAACGCGCCGGGUGACAAAAAAGGAAAACUUGAAAACAGUCGCAAUAUACCCAGCAGUAGCAGCAGCAUUAGCACCAGCACCAGCCAAUAUCAGCUUAGAACAAACACAUGGAUGCUUUGGGUCCAGCCAGGGCUAUGCCGCGCUGGGGACUGGCCACAAAGACUGCACUUUGCGAACGGUCAACCAUUUGAAUUUCGCUGUCUUUUAUUUUUCUCUAUUCUAUUUUUUCCGGGCCAUUGAUCAAGGCUAACGAGAUCAAUCGGCAGGCGUUGGAGCAACGUACCACAACGCAUUAGCCAUACCAGCGUCGACCACCUACAAGUCGUAGAGCAGAACAGGCAGGCGGCGAUUGCGGGACUAGACUGGACUGGACUGGACUGGACUGGCUAUGCUGUGCCGCGCCCGCGCAAAUUCCUGGCAAUGGCUGGCGACUGCUUCGAGCGAUGGAGGCGAUGCUGCCAUUCGAGAAGACUUUCCGCACCGAAGACACCAACUCGCUGAAGAUGUGCAAGGAGAAGUGUCUGCAGGCGGGCGAGGCCAUCUCAUUCGGUGUGCAUCGACGCGGAAACGGUACAUGUCAGUUGUCGUCGGAGCAGUACGGCUCGGGCGGCGGUCGGCGGCCGGGAGGCGUGAUUUUCGAUCCCGACUUUGAUUUGUAUACUCGCAAGACGAACUGCUUAGACCUGAGCGACAAUUCGAUUGCCCCCGGACCGGGUCCCAGUCCCAUCAGCCCCGGACCGACCCCGGCGAACUUGCCCAAUCGUCCGCUGGAGGUGGGUAACACUCCAGUGCUGAUCGUGAACCCGACUCCGCACACGGACGAGCCCCCGCCGCCGCCGCCGCCGCGGCUGCCCAAGAUCUCUGCGCCAUCUCUUCCGCCGCCCCCUGGUCUCGGCGAUCGGUUGUACUUCUCGCACGACUUGUAUCCCCUAUACAAAUACCCCGCCCUCUAUGAGAACAACUAUCCAGCUCCCAACGAAGACGUCUACAUCCCAGGCGGCUACGCGGCCAACGCCCCUGAGGUAGAGGACCACUAUCAUGGCCCGCCAUCCCUUGAGAAUAAGGGGGUGAGGCCCACACCCCAUGGCCCCCCACGUCCCAUUUUCGGGCUGGGCUUUGGAAACGGCUACAGUUAUGGCAGCCCGGACCUCCACCCCCUUACGAUGAGUCUCCGCCACUGCGGGACGACUACGUGCGACGCAAUGGAAGCGCAAUGCGCCCUGGGGACGGGUAUGGGGGAUACAGCUUGGACGACGAUAAAACCAUUGCCACCUACUUCAAUCCCGAUGACUACAUGCAGGGGAGCAACAAACGACCUAUGAGCGACAGAGAUAGAGAUAGAGACCGCGAUCGCGAACGCGAUCACGAUCGCCUCGGUUAUUCCAUGGAUGAGCUGAAGG